AUAUAUAUAUUUUGCAAACAUUAUAUACAUGUAUACAGCACUGAGUUCUUGGAAAUGGCUUCUAAUUUUAUUUUCUUAAUCUGUCUGAUAAACCUUGUUGCUAUCGUCAAAUCCCAGUUCCCAACUGAAAUUUUUAUUCAUUUUGAUUGUCUAGACAGUGGUAGGUACACAAGUACUAGCACGUACGAAAGAAACCUUAAUACUCUCCUCUCCUCCGUCUCGCCUAAUAUCAACACCAAUGGAUUCUACAACAACUCCAUUGGAGAAAAUUCAGAUAGAGUCAAUCUCAUUGCGCUCUGUAGAGCAGAUCUUCAGCCUUCUCAGUGUCGUGAAUAUGUCAAAAAUGCUACGGCCGAAAUCUUAAAGAGGUGUCCGAAUCAAAAACAGGCAAUCUUAUGGCACGAAUUUUGCAUGGUACGAUACUCCAACAAGGCUAUCUUUGGAACUCUUGCAAUUUCCCCAAUGAGGUCGGGUCAUAGUGGGGAAAAUGUCACAAAUACAGUCGUUUUUGACCGAGAGUUGGACGUACUGUUGAACAGCCUUCACGACCAUGUCGCUUUUAAUAGCUCCUCGAAGAAGUUUGCUGGUGCCACUCGGCAUGUGGAUGAUCCGAAUCAUCCGUUAAUUUCUGCAUUUGAACAGUGCACACCUGAUAUAACCUCGGAGGAAUGUGGUGAUUGCUUAAACAAAUCUGCCCAAUAUAUUCGAGAAUGCUGUGAGGGUGCAAGAGGAGUUAGAGUCCUUAGUCCUAGUUGCUAUCUUCGUUUCGAAACUGAUCCCGAUCCAUUCUACAACGUAUCGAUGGUUGAAGCAGUAUCCCAGCCACCAACGCCACCAAUGCCACCGUCACCGCAGUCGCCAGGUAAGGACUUUGUCUACAGAAUCAAUUUUUGUUUGUGGCCAGAGAUAUUUUCCGAUGAUAAGACCAUUUGUCACCACGUUAUUGUCCAAAUAACAAGCUGGCCCCCACCAUUAGUAGUGGAUGGUUUCUGUCGUUUUAGAUUGAUUAGGCUAAUAUAACAAAAGAUUGAGAAC